AGCAUAAGCGAGCUCAGCCUGUGCUCCUCAUUAUUCUGGAAUAGGACGGAAAAGUUGGGGACAUUCAGCAGCCUGUAGCGGCUCCAGGUUCAGCGGUGUAAGCAUGGACACAACAAACUCUAUGAAGAUGACCGCUGUGGCCUCCCAGAGCAUCUUCAGCCACGUGGAGGAGGAAAACCUGCCAGCCUUGCGAGCAUUCCUGGACAAAAACCGUGAUGUGGACAGCAGGAGUGAUAGCGGACAGACUCCUCUGAUGAUCGCGGCUGAACAGGGCAGUCUGGAAAUCGUACAGGAGCUUAUCCGAAGAGGAGCCAACGUGAACCUGGAUGAUGUGGAUUGCUGGACUGCACUGAUUUCCGCCUCGAAGGAGGGUCACGUUGAGGUGGUGAAGGAGCUGCUGGCUAACAAUGCCAAUGUGGAGCACAGAGACAUGGGUGGCUGGACUGCUCUCAUGUGGGCAGCGUAUAAGGGUCGUGCAGAGGUGGCCCGUCUGCUGAUGGAGAAAGGAGCCAACCCCAACAUCACCGGACAGUACAGUGUAUACCCCAUCAUAUGGGCAGCUGGAAGAGGCCACGCUGAAAUCGUCCGGCUAUUACUGCAACACGGAGCUAAAGUCAACUGCUCUGACAAGUAUGGCACUACAGCAUUGAUCUGGGCAGCAAGGAAAGGCCAUUAUGACUGUGUAAUGCACCUGCUGGAGAAUGGUGCCAACGUGGAUCAGGAAGGAGCGAACUCGAUGACUGCUCUGAUUGUGGCUGUUCGCGGUGGCUACACCGUGGUGGUAAAAGAGCUGCUGAAGAGGAACCCCAACGUCAACAUGACCGAUAAAGACGGCAACACUGCACUGAUGAUCGCUGCCAUGGAGGGGCACACUGAGAUAGUGCAGGACCUGCUGGAUGCAGACACCUACGUCAACAUUCCUGAUCGGAGUGGAGACACAGUUCUGAUAGCAGCAGUGAGAGGAGGUCAUGUGGAGAUCGUCCGAGCUUUGCUUAAUAAAUAUGCUGAUAUAGACGUGAAGGGCCAGGACAGCAAGACGGCUCUCUACUGGGCUGUUGAAAAAGGCAAUGCUACCAUGGUUCGAGAUAUCCUGCUCUGUAACCCUGACACAGAGGCCUACACCAAGGAGGGUGAGACUCCACUUAUUAAAGCCACCAAGAUGAGAAACAUUGAGAUAGUUGAGCUUCUUCUUGACAAAGGAGCAAAGGUUUCUGCUGUGGACAAGAAAGGAGACACAGCCCUGCACAUCGCCAUAAGGGGGCGGAGCAGGAAGUUGGCCGAGCUGCUUUUAAGGAACCCCAAAGAUGGUCGUCUGCUUUACAAGCCAAACAAGCAGGGAGAGACGCCCUAUAACAUUGACUGCACACAUCAGAAGAGCAUCCUGACACAGAUCUUUGGUGCUAAGCACUUGUCUCCUACGGAGUGUGACGGUGACAUGCUGGGCUAUGACCUGUACAGCAGUGCUCUUGCUGACAUACUGAGCGAACCCACCAUGCAACCACCCAUAUGUGUGGGCCUGUACGCUCAAUGGGGCAGCGGCAAGUCCUUCCUGCUCAAGAAACUAGAAGAUGAGAUGAAGACGUUUGCAGGCCAGCAGGUGGAGCCAUUGUUCCAGUUCUCUUGGUUGAUGGUGGCACUGACGCUGCUCUUGAGUGGUUCUGUGGCUGUGAUUCUGGGCUUCUCGGUUGACCCCAGGCUUGCCAUCGCUGUGGCACUCAGCCUGCUGGCUCUGCUCUAUAUCUUCUUUGUGCUGGUGUAUUUCGGAGGGCGCAAAGAGGGCGAGAGCUGGAGCUGGGCGUGGCUCAUAAGCACCCGGCUCGCGCGCCACAUCGGCUACUUGGAACUGCUGCUCAAACUGAUGUUCGUCAACCCACCUGAGCUUCCUGAGCAGACCACCAAAGCUCUGCCUGUCAGGUUCCUGUUCACGGACUAUAACCGGCUGUCCAGUGUGGGUGGCGAGACCUCCAUGGCUGAGAUGAUUGCAACACUGUCAGAUGCGUGUGAGAGAGAAUUUGGCUUUUUGGCAACCAGACUCUUCAGGGUGUUUAAAAAUGAUGAGACUCAAGGAAAGAAGUGGAAGAAGACGUGCUGUGUGCCAUCCUUUGUUCUUUUUGCGCUUACUUUGGCAUGCCUGGUGACUGGUAUGGUCCUGCUGGCCAUAUUUAAAGUGGACUCUGCCAAUGUGACAGUGAAGGCGGUGCUGGUGGCUGUGGCUAGCGUGGUGGGUCUUGCUCUGCUGUUGAACUGCAGAACCUGGUGGCAGGUAGCUGACUCGGUGCUGCGCUCGCAGAGGAGAAGGCUACACAGCGCUGCCAACAGUAUGCACAGGCUCAAGAGUGAGGGAUUUAUGAAGGUAUUAAAAUGUGAGGUGGAGCUCAUGGCAAAAAUGGCAAAGACUAUCGACGGGUUCACACAGAAUCAGACUCGCUUAGUCGUCAUCAUCGAUGGUCUGGACUCUUGUGAGCAAGAUAAAGUGCUGCAGAUGCUUGAUACGGUAAGGGUACUCUUCUCCAAGGGUCCCUUCAUCUCCAUCUUUGCCAGCGACCCCCAUAUCAUCAUCAAAGCCAUCAAUCAAAACCUGAACAGCGUGCUGCGGGACUCCAACAUCAACGGCCACGACUACAUGCGCAACAUCGUGCACCUGCCCGUCUUCCUGAACAGCCGAGGCCUUAGCACGGCCAAGAAGCUCAGCAUGGCAACACCAGCUAAUGGUGACAGGCUUAGUGCCGAGGCAUGGCAUGAGGAAUUGGACAGGAAAUUUACAUCUCAAAACAGUCUUGGGGAGCAGGCCAAGCAGGGCAGUAAGACAGCUCUGAACAGAAGGGACACGUACAGACGGCGCCAGAUGCAGCGCACCGUCACGCGCCAGAUGUCGUUCGACCUGACCAAGCUGCUGGUUACCGAGGACUGGUUCAGUGACAUCAGCCCUCAGACCAUGAGGAGACUCCUCAACAUCGUCUCAGUCACAGGGCGCCUUCUCCGAGCCAAUCAGAUCAUCUUUAACUGGGAUCGGCUGGCGUCCUGGAUCAACCUGACAGAGGAGUGGCCCUAUCGUACAUCCUGGCUCAUCCUGUUUCUGGAGGAGAACGAUGUAGUGUCGGACCAGGUCAUACUUAAGACCAUCUAUGAGAGGAUAUCCAAGAACAUCCCCACCACCAAAGAUGUGGAACCCCUGCUGGAGAUCGAUGGAGACAUUCGCAGCUUUGAGGUGUUCCUGUCCUCCCGAACCCCUGUGCUGACGGCCCAUGAUGUCGAGAUGUUUCUGCCUUGCACUGUCAACUUGGACCCCAAACUUAGGGAGAUCAUAGCAGAUGUGCGUGAUGCCCGUAAGCAGAUGCACCUCGGUGGAGUGAGCUAUCCCACCAUGCCUUUGCAGGAGGCUCCGGCGAGACCACACUCAGCGUUUGGGCAGGGCACCGCAGCCUGCUCUCCCAAUACGUCCUUCCCUGCACAGUCUCACAGUAGCUACUUUAGUGGCCUCACUGGCCCACAACACCCAUUUUACAACCGGCCUUAUUUUCCUCCUCAUGUUUAUCAUGUGCCCCGCAAUUACCCCGGCAAUCCACUACAUGCCCCCAACCGCCCUUCCUCUAAACUGGCCUUUCAAAAGGACGUCAGCUCUGGACUCGGUGUUAUAAUAGAAGAUGCCUUCGAGCACAUUCCCUCUCCUACCUCCCUUUUUAUGGUACCCUUUAAGUGUGACUCUUCAAGCAUGGUGGCCUCUGGUGCUGUGCUACCUCUGGGAAUCCUUAGCUCUUUAAGCACUGACGGUGUGUGCGAGAGACUCCGACAGAUCGAGGGCUUGGACUCCAGUAUGCUGGAACAAUAUACAGCUUCUGUUAAAAAGGCGAACGUGAACGGCCGUGUCCUGAGCCAGUGUAACCUGGACGAGCUUAAGAAGGAGAUGAAUAUGAACUUCGGAGACUGGCACCUCUUUAGGGUGAUGGUGGUGGACCAACGGCAGGUGGAGAGCCAGAUGCUGCAAGAGGAGUGUGUAGGUGUAGAGGAUAGUGAGCAGACCAGCAGUGUGCUGCUUCAGUCUGAACCUGCCCCUUCUCAUGCUUCUGCUGCCCCUCACGGCAACCUGCACUACAGCCUGAACCUCAGCUUUGAGGAGCUCAGCAAUGCCGGCUUGGAGGAGCAUCCCCCCAGCAGACCCCCCAGCAACCACUGGACGGCUGUGGGCCACAGGACUUCCAGCAUGUCCAGCUUGAACUCACAGGAGUCAUCUAACGACAUCGGCAAGUUGACGGACAGGCAGCAGGCCGAAUACCUCAGUGCCUACCAGGACUACAUCACUCAUAUGUCCCAAACGGAAGCUACCGGCUCUGGGCCUGACAGAUCUGCGCACCUCCUCUCGCACGAGGAUGAGCAGGAUGGCCGCAAGUCCUUCAAGAGAACUUCUAAACCCGCAGAGAACAUGAUGGACUACUCCAUCGCCCAGAACUCGGGCCUGCUCCGUCCAAUCAGUGAAGAGGACGAGAAACCAGAGCGCAAAGCCUCUGUGAGCCGCAGCAAGGGUCCGGGACCACGCUACCACAGCGUACCCUGUGAAGAAGAUGAGUGUGGUCCAGAGGAAACUGACGCCACACCUCUACUUUGGGAUGAGCCUCAAGAGAUGCUGGGGAGAAAGAGCUUUGUCUCUGCCGUGAUGGACAAGAAGGAGUCAUCUGACUCUGGAAUGAGGUCCAGUGCUAGCUCCUCUAACCGUUCGCUACAGGAUGAAGAGAGCGAGGAGACCCAGGAGGAGGAAAAGCCCAAAGCGAAUGCAGAGGAUGAAGAGGAGCGGUCGAUCACAGUGCGCAUGUCGAUCUGCUCGGAAGCGAUGUCUGAGGCGAGCAGCCCAGAAGAAAACUGGGCUGGCUCACCCCCCCACACAAAGGCCGUCACUAAUCUGAACCGAGCACCCUGCAGCGCCUCACCACAUAAUAAUAAUAACAACAACGGUGAGGAGCGCAGCCUGAUUAUCUCUCCGGGGUCGAGCACUAAUAUCAGAGCUGUACUCAACCACAACCUGCUCACAGUGCGCACCAAGAGGAGCAGCAACACCACACGUGAUGUCGAGACCAGCGAGGAGCGAGAGAGCGUGCUCUGAACAGCAGGGUAAAUCCUUCCUGUCUUCUGGUGGGAAGAAUAGGAGAGGUUUGUGUGUGAGCUUUGUGUAAUUAAGUAAAACAGCUCAUAGAUUUUUUAUUCAAAUUACUUCAUAUUUCAGUGUUUUGUAUUUUUUCUAUUUAAUUGGAAGCACAAUUAGCUUUAACGGCUCUACAUGGUGCAUAAUUCUGGCUUAUAUUGAACUGCUUGACCAAGGCAGUGUCCCAAAUCACAUAGCGCACUAAAUAUACUUUUAGAAUUCAAUCCUGAGAUCCACUUUUGCUCAUCAUCUAAUAAUCACUUAUAAUUACUAAUAAUCACUUAGCUAAUAUGCUGUCAAAACAGGUCUGACCCACCAAGACAUGGACUCCACAAGACAUCUGAGAUAGUCCUGUGGUGUCUGGUAGCACAACAUUACCUCCAAGUCCUUCAACUUCACCACAUUGCAAAGUGGAUCAUCCUACAGUGCAGUCCUGGUGCCAGCAUGCAUUUUAUUAUUCAAAUAAAUACAAACUGGAGGUAAUAAAGACAAAUCGUUGAGGGGUACCACCCCAGCGACAGACUUUUUUGUUUUUUUUGUAUUUUACCCCUUUUUCUCCCACUUUUUUUAGCGCAUCCAAUUUCUACCCGUCAAUCAUCCUCUCACUAAUGCUGGUCCCUGCUCCCGAUUGGGGAGGACGAGGCUGCUCCACGCCCCCUCCGAGACGUGCACAGCAAUUGAACGUCUUAUCACCUACACUUGACGAGCGCACACCCACACCCCCCCAACGCACUCCUUCCCCAUCUCCGUGCAGGCGCCACCAACCAGCCAGCAAAGGUCGUAAUCGCACUAGUCUGAGAGAGAGUUCCCAUCCGGCUUUUAGUCCCGCCCCCUAUCUGAACAACCUGCCAAUCGUUGUUCAUGUAGCCACUCAGCCUUCAGCCGGCAAAGGCAGAGCCGAGAUUCGAUACGAUGUAUUCGAGAUCCAGCUCUGGUUGCAGCGUGUGUUUUUAGCGCUGCGCCACCUGAGCGGCGCGACAGACAUAUUUAAUACCCUCAUUUCUUUUUUUUUCUUUUUGCCAUUUUCCCUCAAUUUACCUCUCAAUCUAGUCAUAUCCAAUCACCCAAUUGCAUUACGCUUCCUCUAUACUGAUAUUGAACUCCACUCUGACUGAGGAGAGCCGUGACUAACACACGCCCCCUCCGACACGUGUGCAAUAGCCGACUGCAUCUUUUCACCUGCACGAGGUGAGUUCAUAUGUGGAUCAGCUUUGUGAACAGAGAGCCACACCCUGAUCACAUUAUUCCUCAUCUCUGUGCAGGCACCAUCAAUCAGCCAGCAGAGGUCGUAAUUGCAUCAGUUAUGAGGGUGUGUCUCUCAAACGCCCCUUAAACAACAGCCAAUCACCUGGUGGCAGAGCUGAGAUCCGAACCGGCGAGUUCAAGAUGUCAGCUCUGCUGUGCUAGUGUAUUUUUUUUUACCUAAGAAACUCAUUUCUGAGAGUGUAGUAUAACAGCAAAAUAACGACACCAUUGGUGUUACUAAUUUGACACCAUUAUUAGUGCCAAGUAUGUUAAUCAGGUUGCAGCCUGGCACAAAAAGUACUGUAAAAAUUUGAUGAAAAAUAUGGUAAUUUAAUGAAAUCCAGACAACUUUUUCUGAUUUCUUGAACUAUGAUAAUGGCAUUACUAUAUUUUGGAAUCGUAUGCUGUCCACAUGACAUUUGGAAUUAUCAUAUUACUGCCAGAAUUUGUGUAAUCAGUUAUCAGUGUGCAUAUUAAUGUUCUGAUAGAUCUUCUGUGCUAAAGAUAUGAUUUUUACAAAAUGUUGCAGAUAGGUGCUAGAAAAAAUACAAUCAGGUUUUAAAUAUAGUAUUUGUUACAGGACGUUGUGACGUUGUGAUUUUAGUUUAUUGUGUGUUGUGAAAUUGUUGUGUGUAUUUUAAAAUAGGCUAGUGAUAAAGGAUAGUGAUUAUUGUGUAUGUAUUGUGUACCAUAUAGUGUAUGGUGACCUCCUAAAAAUUGUGAUUGUUCAGUGCACUCAGGUACACACAUUAUUUUCAUUAUUUAUUAUUUGUGAAACUGUUUUUGCAGAUUAGUGUUGUAAUCAGUGAGUGUAAAAGGCUCUGAGCAUCCUGCAUGCUGUGUGAGUGUGAUUAUUACCAUGUUUUAAAAAAGUAAUAAACAUAAUACACUUUU